GUAUUCAAAAGUUUUGGCUUCUUAUGGUUUCUUAGUGUGUUCGGAGUGUUUGAGGGGACAUUUUUUUUUAAACGUCCACUGUGUAUCAAAAUCACAGUUUACUUCUUGGUGGGAGUAAAGUUUGUGCAUGACCAUUACCUAUUUUUAGCCGAGUCAGACGAUUUGUAAAAAAACUCAACAGAAUCAUGGUAACUUUGUAGAGUACCCAGUCAUCAAUACUAACUUUAAAGUUGAUCACUCACAGUUUUGGGAUAGCUUCUUACUUAUCUGUUUCUACUCUGCUUAGCUUACUUUCGUUGCAAACUUUUUCUUCGUGAUGUUUGCACGGCUACGUAAUUGUGAACGUGUAAUAUCUGAUACGUACGUCACCAGUAGAAAAAUACACACAGGAAACACAAUUUGCAAGAACACUCGUGCUGGGGUGGUACGUCGAACUAGAGAUCAAUCCCACCCCCUCACAUACGAGCAGGCAAAAAAGCCACAUCAAAUUGGUUUAAUGAAGUCUUGGAAUUCUUGGAAUACUUCGAAUUUGGAGGGAGAAGACCGUUACACUUCAGAAGUUACCCUUCAUGACCAGUUUAUUCGAACAUUUAUUAAUGGAACUUUUCCUUUGUUGGUUCAAAGUGAAGUUAUUAUCAAACGACAAUGUAACGUAAUACGUGUAGCUUUUUUACUAUUAAAGCGAAUAUCUCCAGGAGAAACCAGUUUCCUCAUUGGUUACACAGAAGAAAUGCUUUCUCUUAUACUUCGAUGUGUUGUGAAACUAGAAGUACAAUUGGUGAUAUCCAAAAAUGAUGUUAUAUUUCGAUAUGUUUAAUCAUUGAACUGAAUUAUUAUUUAUUAUAUUGUAUUCAUAAAAGUGAUAUAUAUUGUACAGUGUAUCAUUAUUAUAGCCUUUAAUAUACUGCCUAUUUAGUUAUA